UUUCCAUUGAGGUCUUGGAUAGCUAUAUUUCACUUUUUUUUUUCUCUCUGCAAAUUGUACUCUUUCAAUAUUCAUAUUCAAUGGAAGAACUAGAGCUAGCCUCUGAUUCCCAUUUAGAACAACACCUGACAUCUAAAGUGGACCAACCAACCAAAACUAAGAGUGUUUCGUUUUUUGGGUUGUUUGGUGCAGCUGAUACAUUAGACUAUGUCUUAAUGUUCUUAGGAAGCAUUGGUGCAUGUGUCCAUGGUGCGGCUCUUCCUGUAUUCUUUAUUUUGUUUGGCCGUAUGAUUGAUUCUUUGGGACAUCUUUCUAAUCAACCUCACAAAUUGACCUCCCGAAUUUCUGAGCAUGCUUUGUACUUGGUCUAUCUUGGACUGGUUGUUUUCGUAUCGGCUUGGAUGGGUGUUGCAUUUUGGAUGCAAACGGGAGAGAGACAAACCGCUCGUUUGCGCUUAAAAUAUUUGCAGGCAGUGCUAAAGAAAGAUAUUAAUUUUUUUGACAAUGAAGCCAGGGACGCUAAUAUCAUUUUCCACAUCUCUAGUGACGCAAUAUUAGUACAAGAUGCAAUUGGUGACAAGACAGGCCAUGCAAUGCGUUACCUUUCUCAAUUCGUUGUUGGAUAUGCCAUUGGAUUUACAUCAGUGUGGCAGCUUACACUACUCACCUUGGCUGUUGUUCCAUUGAUAGCUAUAGCAGGAGGAGCUUAUACAAUAAUCAUGUCUACUUUAUCAGAAAAGGGUGAAGCAGCUUAUGCCGAAGCUGGGAAGGUUGCAGAAGAGGUGAUUUCUCAAGUGCGUACUGUUUAUUCAUUUGUAGGAGAAGAGAAAGCAGUUAGUUCAUACUCCAAGUCACUUGAUAAUGCUCUGAAGCUGGGAAAGAAGAGUGGUUUUGCAAAAGGAGUUGGAGUAGGCUUUACAUAUGGGCUUUUAUUUUGUGCUUGGGCAUUGCUUCUGUGGUAUGCUAGCAUCCUUGUGAGGCAUAAUAAGACGAAUGGAGGGAAAGCUUUCACAACUAUUAUCAAUGCCGUCUUUAGUGGAUUUGCUCUUGGUCAAGCUGCUCCAAACCUUGGUUCCAUUGCUAAAGGGCGUGUAGCUGCUGCCAAUAUGAUGGACAUGAUUGCAUCCGUUUCCAACAAUUCUAAAAGGUUGGAUAAUGGCACUGUUCUGCCACAUGUAGCAGGGAAAAUCGAAUUUUGCGAGGUUUGCUUCUCUUACCCCUCAAGGUCCAAUAUGGUCUUUGAAAAUUUGAGCUUCUCAGUGAGUGCUGGGAAGACUGUAGCAGUUGUUGGUCCCAGUGGUUCCGGAAAGAGCACCAUCGUUUCCAUUAUCCAACGAUUCUAUGACCCCACUUCAGGUAGGAUCCUGUUGGAUGGAUAUGACCUAAAGAAUCUUCAAUUGAAAUGGUUGAGGGAACAGAUGGGUUUGGUUAGUCAAGAACCAGCACUAUUUGCCACAACAAUAGCUACAAACAUUUUAUUCGGAAAAUAUGAUGCAAACAUGGAUCAAAUCAUACAAGCUGCCAAGGCUGCAAAUGCUCAUUCUUUCAUUCAAGGAUUACCUGAUGGUUAUCACACUCAGGUUGGAGAGGGUGGCACCCAACUUUCAGGGGGGCAAAAGCAAAGAAUUGCCAUAGCAAGAGCUGUGCUCAGAAACCCAAAAAUACUGCUUUUAGAUGAGGCUACCAGUGCUCUAGAUGCUGAAUCAGAACUCAUAGUUCAGCAGGCAUUGGAAACAAUAAUGUCAAACCGGACAACAAUCGUUGUUGCACAUCGAUUAUCAACCAUACGUGAUGUAGAUACAAUUGUUGUGUUGAAGAAUGGUCAAGUUGUUGAAAGUGGGACUCAUUUGGAAUUGAUGUCCAAAAAUGGAGAUUACAUGAACCUGGUGAGUUUGCAAGCAUCACAAAACAACAACACAAGCUCUAACUCAAUAUCUCGUUCUGGAAGUUCAAAAAAUUCUAGUUUUCGAGAACCUUCAGAGAACCUGAACUAUGAGGAGUUAAAGCUGAAUACAAGAGAACUGCAAGCAAGUGAUCAAGGCUUGCCACCAAACACUGCUUCCAUUCCAUCAAUUUUGGAUUUACUAAAACUGAAUGCUCCAGAGUGGCCCUAUGGAAUACUUGGGUCAGUGGGUGCAAUAAUGGCUGGCAUGGAAGCUCCUCUCUUUGCUCUUGGAAUCACUCACAUGUUGACUGCAUUUUACUCUCCUAAUGGUUCUAAAAUCAAACAAGACGUUGAUCGGGUAGCUCUCAUAUUUGUUGGAGUGGCUGUUGUUACCGUACCUAUUUAUCUAUUGCAACACUACUUUUAUACACUCAUGGGAGAGCGUCUCACUGCACGUGUGCGUUUAUCAAUGUUCUCAGCUAUUCUUAACAAUGAAGUUGCGUGGUUUGAUUUGGAUGAGAACAACACUGGCAAACUAACAGCCAUGCUAGCUGCGGAUGCAACAUUAGUAAGAAGUGCUCUAGCUGAUAGACUCUCAACAAUUGUGCAAAAUGUUGCUCUCACUGUAACAGCAUUUGUUAUUGCUUUCACAUUGAGUUGGAAACUAGCAUCAGUUGUUGCAGCCUGCCUUCCCCUUCUCAUAGGAGCUUCUAUUACAGAGCAACUAUUUCUCAAGGGAUUUGGAGGAGAUUAUAGCCUUGCUUACUCUAGAGCAAUUUCUUUGGCUCGUGAAGCUAUUACCAACAUACGUACUGUUGCUGCUUUUGGUGCAGAAGAUAGAAUCUCAGUCCAAUUUUCCUCAGAAUUGAACAAACCUAAUAAACAAGCACUUUUAAGAGGUCACAUAUCAGGUUUUGGCUAUGGGAUAACACAGCUUUUUGCUUACUGCUCCUAUGCACUUGGCCUUUGGUAUGCAUCCAUUUUAAUCAAGAACAAAGAGUCAAAUUUUGGAGACAUCAUGAAGUCCUUCAUGGUCUUAAUUGUCACUGCUCUAGCAAUAGCAGAAACACUAGCUCUUACCCCGGACAUUGUGAAGGGAACACAAGCACUAGGAUCAGUUUUCAGCAUUCUCAAAAGGAGAACAGCCAUCACACCCAAUGACCCCAACUCAAAGAUGGUAACUGAUGUCAAAGGAGAGAUAAAGUUUAAUAACGUGUGCUUCAAGUACCCAAUGAGACCUGAUGUCACCAUAUUUCAGAACUUAAACCUGAGAGUCUCAGCAGGAAAGAGUUUGGCAGUAGUUGGCCAAAGUGGUUCAGGGAAGAGCACUGUGAUUGCUCUGGUAAUGAGAUUUUAUGACCCCACUUUUGGAUCAGUUCUGAUAGAUGAAUGUGAUAUCAAAAGCCUAAACUUGAGAUCCUUGAGGCAGAGAAUAGGAUUGGUUCAGCAAGAACCUGCUUUAUUCUCUACCACAGUUUAUGAAAACAUCAAGUAUGGAAAAGAGGAAGCAUCAGAAAUAGAGGUAAUGAAGGCAGCCAAAGCAGCUAAUGCUCAUGAAUUCAUUAGUAGAAUGCCAGAAGGGUACAGAACUGAGGUUGGUGAGAGAGGAGUGCAGUUAUCAGGAGGACAAAAACAAAGGGUGGCAAUAGCUAGAGCUAUUCUGAAAGAUCCAUCCAUUCUUCUGUUGGAUGAGGCAACAAGUGCACUGGACACAAUAUCAGAGAGGCUGGUCCAAGAGGCUCUUGAUAAGCUUAUGGAAGGAAGAACCACAAUUUUGGUAGCUCACAGGCUUUCAACUGUUCGCAAUGCAGACAGCAUUGCAGUGCUGCAACAUGGGAGGGUUGCUGAAAUGGGUAGCCAUGAGAGGCUUAUUGCCAAACCUGGAAGCAUCUAUAAGCAAUUAGUUAGUCUACAGCAAGAAAAGGGUGAUCAUGAAGACCAUCAAUGAGUUCAUUUGGAGUUUCUAAGUAAAUAUUGAAUCAAAGCGCACUUGCAGUUCCAAACUUGAAUUGAUGCAGGGCCUAGUAUAUAUUUAAGAGCAUGACUGAGGAUAAUCAAACCAUGAAAGAUGUUUUCAUAUGAGAGUUGUUUAUAUACACGAAUUAUACGAUAAACUUUAAAGCCUGUAAUUGGUUGUUUGUUGCAGAAUAUUACAACAUCUGUAAUUUCUUUCUGAAUUUUGCGAGACCAGUAGACCAUUAAACUUUGUCCCUUUAUCAUUCCCUCUUGUUUCCCCUCAAUCCUCUUGUUUUCAAAUCUCAUGACACUCAGAUCAGCAAGCUUUUUCUAACCAAAAUAAAUCUAAAAAAUUAGGAAGAUACAUGAAGAAAUCAUGGAUCCUCCUUUUUCACCAAACCACAAUAUCUCCAUUUAAUAGGAUCUAAUGAAACAUGCAGGCAGAAAUAAAAGAAGUUAUAGGAAGGAGUCGGAUAUCUCAUGUCUGUUUCACAUGACAGAAGUUUAUCUUAUAUCAGUCAAACAGUUUGAUAAAAAUAUGGUAUUUUGGUCACACUUGAAAUCCAAAGUUUCAAGGGAAAGGCUCUGAUGAUGGCUUAUGAUAAUAUGAUACAACACCAUCAAACUGCACAUGAAGUGAAUGGAUCUUUGGGCAUUUAGACAGAUGACACUUUCAGCGAAUGCGGAGGCAAUUUUCUUCUUCAAGGGACUAAUAUUACCUCAUAUCUUUCAUGGACAAAUCUGAUUAUUUACUUCUUAUGUUUUUCUUAAGAGUAAAAUUUUGUAUUACUCUUUGAAAAUUAUCAGGCUCAUAAUUUUG